UUUUUUUUUUCCAACCAAAAUCCGUUCUGAAGAUGGCAGAAACUCGUAGGCUUGCUCGUUCCUAUGCACUUCCGUCAAAGCUCAUUAUUCAGCCCUUAACUCUAGCGUCGUUGAGACUCUCGCGAUCGUUAUGAAUUAAUUAAAAUCGAUUCGUCAAUUCUCGUUCCUUUUGUUUUUCAAUGAUGAAAUAAAUUAGUUCAGUGAAUCAUCGCGGCCAGCUAGAAAAUGUCAAAGUUUUGAGGAAUAAGUGAUCGCAGUCGGUGAGGAAGAUGAACGAAGUGAACACGCGUAUGGUGGAUGACACGAAUUGUUCCAAACAGUUAAAGUUCGGCGUGGAACGUAUAUUGUCGGAUGAAUUCAGCACGAAGAGAACAGAUAUACUCAGGCCACUUCCGGUCCAGUUCUCGACGCUGCGGUGCCCUUGUCCCGGUGCUUGCGUCAGGUGCGAAGCCCUUCGACUCUGCCCUACGUUCUCCUACGCUCAAACGGCGAUCAAUGGAAAUUACGGAACCGGGAAUCAUGGAAGUGGGAUCGUUGAAAAUUAUCCGAACAUUUAUCGGCCUGCACCGCUUCGGCCUGUUCCACGAGUUUCAAUCUCCUCCGCAUCAACGCCCACCAGUCAAUCAGAAUCCAAUACCAGGAGAAAGAGAUCCUGGUCGAGGGCUGUGUUCAGUUCUUUGCAACGAAAAGGAUUGGAGAGGAGAUUUUCGUUGCAAAAGUAUAUCACAAAACCGGAUAGGAGGCAGUUAGCCGCUACUUUAGGUCUAACAGACGCGCAGGUGAAGGUUUGGUUUCAAAAUCGACGAAUGAAAUGGCGGCACACGAAAGAAAGCGAGAGCUCUUCCCUAACGAAUCCGGAUUCGCAAAAAGAAUCGCCUAGGAAAUUGAUAAAGGAGAGCGCGAAGAACCCGAGCACGGAAAAGACUGUUUCAGACGACGAAGACGUCGAGAUCGAAGUUGACGUUUGAAUUAUAAACAAUGUAGAUUAAUUACCCCUAGCUUUAAGUAA